AUGGACAAGACUAAAACAAGGCUUGCGGCCUUCUUUGACAAUGACGACGAGGAGACUUCGUUUCCACAAAAGGAGAUAGACGACCAGAAGCGGGCCGUAUUCACCCAGGGUACCCUUCGAAAGUCCAAGAAAGAGAAGGAGAAGGAGGCGGCUGAUGCGAAGCGCAAGGAAGAGGAGGAACAUGCCGCGCGGGCGUACGCCGAGUUCGUGGACGCCUUCGAGGGCGAGGGGGCGGACAGGAAGAAGGGCGGGUCAGCGUUCGUGAAAGCUGGACAGGAAGGUGCAUACGCGCCUUCUGCGCCUGCAAGGGGCCGAGGGGGCAUGUCGCGCGCGUUCGGAGAACAGUCCAUGAGACCCCCGUCUCCUCCAGUCGCUGUUCCGAAACCCAGAGGGAAGAGGGCAAUGGACCAUUUUCUGGAAGAGAUCAAGAGAGAACAAGCAGACCGCGAUGCGAGACUAUCUCGACAUGCUAUACCUGGGAGAUCGGUCACGUCAAUAGCUGCUUAUGAAGGCCAGAGCGGUAGCAAAGACCGUGGUGAUCCAGAGACGUCCAACGUAUUUGUUGCGAAUCUUCCACCCCAUGUGAACGAGCAGAUCCUUGGGAACUUCUUUGCGCGUGCUGGUCCUGUGGGCUCUGUCAAAAUAAUGUGGCCGCGGACCGACGCAACUAUCGGUCCGGGAGCUGACAUGACCGCCACGAGGAGGACUAAGAACUCGGGAUUGAGCGGCUUUGUAUCGUUCAUGAAGCGUCGGGGCGCAGAGGCUGCCCUGCGGGACUUCGAUGGAUACGACUGGGGCGGGUCCAUUCUCCGCGUGGGAUGGAGCAAGGCUGUACCCGUCGCGCCGCGGCCUAUGUACGUUGCAAAGAGGACAGGGUCGCGAUCUCCUUCCGGGUCGCGGUCCCCAGCAGGCAAACAAGGUGACCGUCCCCAGUCGCGCUCACGUUCGCCAUCGCGUGACCGGGACCGGGAAUACGGCCGCUCUCGCGACCAUCGCUCCUCGCGCAGAUCUCGAAGUCGCUCUUACAGUCCAAGUAACUCUCUGUCUCCGCGGCCCCGCAGAUCGCGCAAAUACAGCCGCAGCCGCAGUUACUCGCCGCACAGACGACGAUCGCGCACGCCCCCGCCACCGGUUCUGGAAGACGACGAAGUCACGGACGCUUUUCUCAGGACGGUUGCGGCCGAGGUUCGUGGACACGACGCGGAGUAUGAACAGACGCUGCACGAACGCGAGAAGUCAAAUCCCAAAUACGCCUUCCUCAACCGAGACCACAAUCGCCACCGCUAUUACCGCUCCCUCGUGGACCGAAGGGAUCCCUUGGACCCAGAGUUUGAUGACGAGGGCUACAAUUCUGUGUACUCCACCGACACGGCAGAGGAUUCUGAGCGCGAACAUGGCCGUAAACACGAGUUGGGGAAGCUUGCCCGCCGCCGCUUCGAGGCCAUGCUGCGAGCCCUCUCCGGCCGCCGUGGCGAAAUGGCGCGGUGCAUGGCGUUCAGCUUAGAACACGCAGAGGCGGCAGCAGAGGUCGCGGACAUCAUCGUUGCCUCGCUGGUCGUCGACGGCACGCCCGUGCCGCGCAAGGUCGCGCGCCUGCACCUCAUCUGCGACAUCCUGCACAACUCCGCCGCGCCGCUGCCGAUGGCGUGGAAGUUCCGGCAGGAGUUCCAGGCGCGGCUCGGGCUCGUCUUCGACCACCUCUCCACGAUCUACCACUCCUUCCCCGGGCGCAUCACGGCCGAGACGUUCAAGAAGCAGAUCACCGCCGUCGUCGACAUCUGGGAGGACUGGAUCGUCUUCCCGCCCGAGUUCACCGCCGUGCUCCGCCAGCGCCUCGAGGGCGCGACGCUCCCGGAAGAAGGGGAGGUCGUGGAGGAGGCGGUGGUCGAGGUGCAGGAGGCCGCGCCGAGCUUUACGUCGAAGUUCAAGGCGAGCGCGUUCAAGCCUACUGAGCCUGUUGAGGCUGCACCGGCCCCUGACGCCGAAGACCCCGACGGCGAGCCUAUGGACGAGGAUAGCGAUGUUGACGGGAACCCUAUCGACGACGUAGAUGGCGAUCCUCUUGACGUCGACGUCGACGGGGAACCCGCUGAGGACGUUGACGGCGAGCCGUUGAACGAUGUAGAUGGCGAGCCUUUGAACGACGUAGAUGGCGACCCUAUGGAGGACGUCGAUGUUGAUGGCGAGCCCCUCGCAGACGACCUCGACGGUGUCCCUCUGCCAUCCGUAGACGUUGACGGAGAACCUAUGGAGGACGACGUCGACGGGGAGCCCGUCGCUUUGUAGUUUCCUUACUGUUUUGCUGUACCCCGCUGCCCUGUCGCUUUUC